AUGGGACUUGUAGAUUACGCUGGAAGCGAUUCAGAAAGUGAUCAGGAAGAAGAAACGCAACAAAAAACAUCUGCAGCACCCAAAAAAUCUGGUCUUCUUGACGAAGAUUCAUUUUUUGAUAACUCAGUUAAUUCGAGUGCAGCAGAUGUCUAUAACGCAAAAAACGAAGAUGUUUUGGAGGAAAUCGUACAACCAAAAGACUGGGAAAAAAAGCUAGCAGAAAAAGCAAGACGAAAACUUGAAAAAAAAGCUUCGAAAAAAGCUCAAAAGGAAGAAAAGAAAAAGGAGAAAAAAUUGGCAAAGAAGGCAGGAAAAAGCAAUAAAAUUCCAAAAAUUAGUAGUGGAGUACAGAAAGAGAAAGGGAAAAUUGUCAUUUCUGCGUUCGGUGCUCUUGCGGGUAUUGCCGGAAAUAACUCAAGCGAUGACAGCGACACCGAUGAAAAGGAAGUUUCUCCAGUUAAACAAAAAGCUGGUCUUGGAUUUUUAUCUAAUUUGCCAGCUCCCAAAGGAAGGGAUAAUCGGUCGGAUGGGGCGAACGUGUUCGAUAAAUCGUUGAUCCCUCAUUCGGUGACCAAAAAAACUCCCGUUUCACAACCGAUAUUCACACCUGCACCUGCUCCGAAAAUAGUGGAAGAAAGCGAUGAGGAGGACGAUGAUUCAACUGACUUUUUCGGGUUUUCGUCUGCUCCCAUACGGAAAGAAGAGAUUUCUUCAGAAGUACCAUUCAUGGCUACAAAUAGCAGUAUGGAUGUUGUUGGGCCUUCAAGACCAACCGAGGAAGACGAAAUUGAUCCAAGUGAAAUGUAUCAAAUGCCAGAAGAAGAUGGACCCCAAGAAGGACCCACUGCUUCAAACGCGUGGCUUCAUCGAAAAAUUACGGACGAACAGGCUCAUAAGCUUUUGAUGAGGUUCUCGCAUGACAUUGGAUCAGAAGAGAGACGAUCAAUCAAUGAAAUGGCAAAUUCUAUUGUUGACGUAAAUGUUGAUGAUGCACUCGGACCUGAUGUGAAAACAAAUAUAAUCAAAAAUCUGGGACAUCGUGCAUUCGUUGAAGCCACGUCUGCACCAAUUCCACAAGUGCAGACACAAGGACAAACUUCAAGAAGAAAGCAUCAAAUUACAUAUUUGGCCAGCUUGGCCGUCGCUCGUGAGGAGCAGCUCAAAGAUCAAUGGGCAGAGCAGAAACAGUCGAAAAGAAUGGCGAGACAGAAGUAUGGAUUCUAA